CCAGGUCCUUUCUCUAGUCAAGCCUGCUGUAGCAGCUGUCCUUCCUCAGGGGUGCUGCUGCAUCUUUAAGAAGCUACAGUUCUUCCACCACAAUGAAGCUAAUCAUAUUACUGGCUCGUGAGGUGCUGGGAUUCUGCUGUUAACCAUUACCGCUGACCUUGCGCCUAAUAAUAAGAGCUCGAUCGGUGGCGGCGGAGCAUCUCCAUCCGACGGUCCCGGCGAAGGACUGGGCUGCAGUAGCAGCUCGUGCAGAUGGGAGGAGGAACUAAUGGCACGUGCACCUCUUACUGUCAGAGAAACACAAAACUGAAACAGAGGGCAGGAAAUGCCGGAGGCUGAAAAGCUGCAGCGAUUCGCGAGACGCCAGCUCCUCCGGCUGAGAGCAAACCAAAACUGCUAACCUUGUGGGAUUUUCCAAAGGAGCUCCGGUUUACUGUAAAAUACUUAUCGGACGGUUUGGCUUAUGCAUUUAUGGGCUUCUUGGUGCAUUGUUGUUCCUUUCAAGACCUAGGUUACUUUCACAGCUGAGUGAGCGUAGACAGUUUUAAGAGCACAACGUAGGGGUGUAUGUCAGUUCACGGUUGUCUCGGUUAGUUUUGGAGCUACCCUGCCAGUUUCACUUUAUUUGCCAGUUUCUAGGAGGGAGCUCUCCUGGCUCCUUCCAGCUGGUUGUUCGGGGGGCGAUGCUGCUGCUGGAUCCCUUGCCUCACUGCUGACAUGAUGACUGAGGCGAUGGCGGACGGUGGACAGGGUCUGGGUGCUGAAGCCGGACCUCGUGUCCAAACGCAGCACCGAGUUGCUGGGGGAUUAACGAGUACAAGCGAUGAACCUCUAAGGAACGGCCGAUGCAUUGAGGAAAAUCCCUGCAGGUCGGACAGCAGCAGUAGAGAAAACUCGGUGGAGAGGAACCCAGGAGCGAACAUUCGUGGCAGCAUUAUGAAGGAUGUCUCUCGCCAGAAGCAAGUCCAGAAGAAGACUGUCUCAUUCAGUACCAUGCCAAAUGAUAGGAAGAUUAACAGUAUAGCAGCUUGUAUUUCUUUUAUGCUGGAGGGGUGUGAGAUGAAGAAAGUGCGUUCCAAUUCAAGAAUGUAUAGCCGGUUCUUCAUUCUGGAUUCAGACAUGCACUUUUUAAGAUGGGAGCCAUCUAAAAAGGAUUCAGAGAAAGCCAAAAUUGAAAUAAAAUCAAUCAAAGAAGUAAGGUUGGGAAAGAAGACCCCUGUGCUCCGUAGCAAUGGACUUUCUGAUCAGUUUCCUGAUGAGUGUGCAUUUUCUAUAAUAUAUGGUGAAAAUUAUGAAUCACUGGAUCUUGUGGCCAGUUCAGCAGACAUUGUAAAUAUUUGGGUAAUGGGACUGCGGUACUUAGUUUCUUAUGGAAAGCACACACUUGAUAUUGUAGAAGCUAACCAAACUAGUGUAAGAACAUUAUGGAUUUCUUCCGUUUUUGACAAAGCUGAUACAUGCAAAGAGGGGCAGAUUCAUUUAGAUAAAGCUGUUCAACUUAUCAAAACCUUAAAUCCUGGAAUGAGGAUUUCUAAGAUUGAACUGAAAUUCAAGGAACUGCAGAAGGCAAAAGAAAAAUGUGGUAGUGUUACGUGUGCUAUAUUUACAGAGGUAUACUUUGAACUUUGCACAAGGCCAGAAAUAUUUUUUCUUCUGGUGCAGUUUUCAAGCAAUAAGGAAUAUCUGGAUAUAAAGGACUUAAUGCUAUUUAUGGAUGUUGAGCAGGGUGUGGAAGGAGUGACCGAAGAAAUAUGCUUAGAUAUCAUUAAUAAACAUGAGCCAUCCCAAGAUGGUCAGCACAAAGGUUAUCUUUCUAUUGAUGGCUUUACUCAUUACUUACUGUCAUCAGAGUGCCAUAUUUUUGAUCCUCAGCAUGACAAGGUUUGUCAGGAUAUGACACAACCUUUAUCUCAUUAUUAUGUCAACUCAGCACACAAUGCUUGUUUAAUGGAGGAUCAUUUCUGGGGAUCAUCUGAUAUAAGUGGGUAUAUCCGUGCUCUAAAAAUGGGUUGCCGUAGUAUUGAACUGGUAGUGUGGGAUGGCCCAGAUAAUGAGCCUUUAAUAUAUGUUGGACACUCAUUAACUUCUCAAGUAGCAUUCCGCAGUGUUAUUAGUGUAGUCAAUCAGUAUGCUUUUGAAGCUUCUGAAUAUCCGCUUAUUCUUUGUUUGGUAAUUCACUGUUCUGUUAGACAGCAGAAACUCAUGGCUGAACACAUGAGGAAUGUUCUUGGAGAUAAACUAUAUUUACAGCCUCCAAAUGUAGAGGACAGUCAUCUUCUUUCCCCAGAGAAACUUAAAAGAAAGAUCCUCGUUAAAGGGAAAAAGUUGCCAGAAGAUUGUGACUCUGAUGGAGAUGUUACUGAUGAAGAUGAAGGUUUAGAAAUGUCUAGAAGAUUAGGAGAAGAAGAAGAAGAUAAAGAUCAGGUCAGUGGUAUUUCCCUUAAAAAGUUAAGGCUCUGUAAAGAGCUUUCUGAUCUUGUGACUCUCUGCAAGUCAGUGCAGUUUAAAGACUUUGAUGCAUCAAAGAAAUAUCAAAAAUACUGGGAAAUUUGUUCUUUCAAUGAAGUUCUUGCCAGCAAAUUUGCUAAUGAUUUCCCAGAGGAGUUUGUCAAUUACAAUAAGAAAUUCUUAUCUCGGGUUUAUCCUAGUCCAAUGAGGAUUGAUACCAGUAACAUGAACCCUCAGGACUUCUGGAAAUGUGGGUGCCAGAUAGUUGCUAUGAACUACCAGACUCCUGGAUUAAUGAUGGAUCUUAAUAUUGGGUGGUUUCGUCAAAAUGGAAACUGUGGAUAUGUUCUCCGACCCUCUAUUAUGAGGGAAGCAGUAUCCUACUUUAGUGCAAACGCAAAAGACUCACUUCCUGGUGUCUCAGCUCAGCUCCUGCACAUUAAAAUUAUCAGUGGUCAGAAUCUACCUAAACCUAAGGGUUCUGGUGCCAAAGGGGAUGUUGUUGAACCUUAUGUGUAUGUUGAGGUACAUGGAAUUCCUGCUGAUUGUGCAGAUCAAAGAACAAAAACAGUUACACAAAAUGGAGAUAAUCCAAUAUUUGAUGAGAAUUUUGAGUUUCAGAUUAAUCUGCCUGAACUUGCACUGUUACGUUUUGUGGUGUUGGAUGAUGACUAUAUAGGUGAUGAGUUUAUUGGCCAGUAUACAAUACCAUUUGAAUGUCUACAGCCAGGAUAUAGGCAUGUACCCCUCCAAUCACUGACAGGAGAAUUCUUACCAAACACAACCUUGUUUGUACAUAUAGCCAUUACUAACCGACGUGGAGGUGGGAAAGCUCAGAAACGAGGAUUAUCUGUACGCAAGGGGAAAAAAGCCAGAGAAUAUACUUCAACUGAAACCACUGGAAUUAAAAUGAUAGAUGAGGUCUUCAGAGCAGCAACUCAACCUCUGCGUGAAGCAACUGACCUAAGGGAAAAUGUUCAGAAUGCACUGGUUUCAUUUAAGGAGCUCUGUGGUUUGACUCCUGCUGCUAAUAUGAAACAGUGUAUACUGACAGUGUCAUCAUGGCUACUGAACAGUGAUAAUACAUUACAACUGACACUAAACCUCAGGGAUCAGUACCCAACAAUGGAAGCACAAGGCCCAGUUCCAGAGCUUCUGAAGAAAGUCCUAAGUGCUUACGACACACUGAUAAACACCAGCAGGACUUUGAUUGACUCCGCAGAUGCAGUUCAUGCCAAGAUUCUUCAGGUGCAGCGAGAUGGCAUGGAGUUCCAUGAAGAUUUGCACAGACUUGGAGCAAAAGACGGCUUGAAAGGGAGUAAACUGCAGAAAGCCAUGGAAAGCUUUGCAUGGAACAUUACAGUUUUAAAGGGUCAAGCUGAUCUUCUAAAAAAUGCUAAAAAUGAGGCCCUGGACAAUUUAAGACAAAUACACUAUGCAGCACAAUCUUGUGGCAUUAGCAAGAAUGGAACCGCUUCACCAGACCUUUUCCGAGCCAGAACUCUGGAUCCGAUUCCUGAGACUGAAGGUGCAAGCGACAAUGGUUCCAGCUGAACAACACACUCAACAUGAAUUACGGACACUAGUUUGUCCCAGGCACAGCUGUGUAAGGCUGCAACAUAUGGCUACAGUUAGAACUGGGAAACUGAUGAAUCUUCAUUGGUGUUUCUGUGAAAAGUUGCACUGUGUAGGAUUCUUCUUUGUAGAAGUGAAAUCCCAUUGGCAUAGUCACAGUAUCCACAGUUAGUACCAUGCAGAUGUGUCAGUAAAACAAGGUAUUCAGGCAGUAAAUAUGUGUCAUAUUUAUUCUGGUUUAACUGAUAUCUAUUAAACUUAUUCAGGUGAAACAAAUGCAUUAAAAAUCUUUUGAAGUGAUGUUUUAUAAAUGAUGUCAAACAACACUGGAUAGAAGAACAAAUGAAAGCCAUAGCACUGGAUGGAAAAAAGUGAAUGGAAAACAAACAAACAAAAGAGACUGGGCUGGGGACAAAUAGGUGCUUCCUUGAAAAUAUCAGCAAAACUUCUGCUUGCAAGAACCGAACAUUGUCAAAAUCGUUUGGCCAUUAGAAUUGCUUGGAAGACAUGCUGUCAUUUACCACUCACCAGUGAUACACGUCAUUUUAUAUUUAUGUUAUAGAUUAUUUCAUACAGCUUUAUCUAACGAUUUUAAGACCGUGAAAAAAUGCAGUUUUGUGGAUGGAUAAGAGGAUGAGAGUCUGAAUAUGUAUGACAAAUGUGCUACCUAGCCAACAUUUAAUUACAUACUUCAUUUUACUAGCUAACCCCAGCAUCGAUUGCUGUUUUAUGCACACUCAUCAGUCACAUAGUAGAACAUUCAUUGACAACAAAAGGAUACAUCUCAACAGCUUUAUUAAAGAAAUAUUGUUACUGUUGCUUUUUGUAAAUCGCAGUUGUAUUGAAAUUCUUAACAAAUAUAUUGACGUCUACAUUGCAAGGCAGCAAUAUUUGUCAAUUACUGUGCAUUUUGUAUUUCAGUAACAAGAUUAGUCAGUUAAAAAAGUGAGAUUCAUCCAUUUAAAAAUUCUUAAUUGUAGGGUUCUGAUAUGAGGACUGUGCAGUUAACAAAAACCUGCAACAAUGUGCUGUGCUUAGCAGAUAAACAGCUUGGCAUAUUUCAAUACAAUUUUGCAGUAAUAUGCUUAUACUUUAUUUAUUUAGUCUUUGGUAACCUUGAAAACUGAAGUGUCAGACGUGGUUCUUAUAAGGGUGACCUGGUAUCUUUGGUAUGAGUAACUGAUUUGAUCAAAGUCCAAUAGUGAGUGAGGGUGGGAUAUUUGAAUUAAACCUAAGUCAGCAGGAUGUAGGUCACUGCAGUCUGUUACUUCAGCCGCUGAGCUAUAAGAAUAGCCAAUGCUGCUGAAAUGCUUUCCCAUUCUUCAGUCAGAUAUGUAAAGUCACCUGACAACUGAAAAUGAAAAUAUGUAUUUUUUUUGUAGUAGAAGUCAUUAACCACUUCUAGUCGCAACAUUAACAUUCAUGGUUGCUUUGACAGAAUCCCAAAACACGAAAAAUGAACCGAGAAUUAGCUUAGCAGUACCAGAACUCUGCUGCUAUUAAGAGUGCAAUCUGUUUAUUUUUUUUCCCAAAGAAAUACUGUUGCCUUGCAAUCCAGUGUCUAGCAGGAUAUUGUUAUAUUGGUAUAGUUUACAUAAAGGUCUACUGGCAUUUUUUUUUUCUGUGCGAGUUUGCAUGUAAAUGCUGUAAUUAACUUUUUUGGGGAGACAAACAAAGGGGAUCCUAGGAUCCAUUUUGGUUUUCACUAAACAAUCUGUCUUACUCUUCAUUUUGGAGAAUUGUUGAUUAGGAAAUCCUUGCCUGCAGCAAAAAUGUGAACUGAAUGUGGUAUGUUGGCAGGAACACAAAGAAAGGGCUUGGUGGGUGGUGUGAUGAUUUGAAUAGGUAUACUACUUGAGAGAAGGAAGGCAUGAAAAAACAGAAAGAAACAAACUAGGGAAAUUAGCAACAAACUAAACAGGACAAAGCAAAGUGAUUAGGGUAAAAAGGGCCAAUUUGACCAGUGUACUUACUUUGUUAACAAAUAGCUAUACAUAACUAAGUAACUAAAAGACUGAGUUAAGCAUGAGUAGUCAGUCAGAAGUCUACAUAUCAGUCCCAUGAUACAAGAGGUCCCCUCUGUGACACUGAACUUGUGUUUAGCAAACUGGGAACUAGAGGGUCUGUGGAUGGUAACUGAGUAACUGUGGGUUUACAGCUUCUCUCAGGGUGGGGUACAAUUUAGUUUCCUCUAUAGAUGCAACCCUGGUGGAGACCAGGGGCUGUAUUUCAGUUGGAAAAAGGUGAAAGACAAGUAGGUAGAUCUUCUACACUGGGGGUAUGCACGUGGUCAUAAAUGCACAUGGACUACAUUGGUAUCCUUAUAUACAGUGAAAGGAGGUUGUGAAUAUUGGUAGGUCAAAGGGGAAGAGCUUCUCCUGCCUUUAAGAUGGUACAGUAUCAGGGUAUCUCUUUAAUGUCUUACUUCUUGUGGAGAUUGGAAUAAAGCCCAGGGGAAAGAGCUUUUCCUGACAUCAAGGUGGCACAGUAUCAGGAAAUCUCUUUAAUGUCUUACUUGUUAUGGAGAUAUGGGGAAAUCCCUGGAAAUGGCAGAAGAUGAACAGUAGUUGGUGGGGUCCAAAUGUCAAAAAACCAAAAGGGUGCAAUAGAACUCAAGAGUUUUACAGUUUUUGGCUUCCCUAAGCCUUAGUCACAUGGACACUAGUGUCUCAGUAACCUUCUGCGUGCAUAAUAAAUAUUGCUAUAUGACCCAGACUAUCUCAGUUAAGUCAGUUUGUACAUGGAUGAGAAGUCUUCUGCACACCUGAGAAUGUGUGGCAAUAAGGAACUGUACAGACCACCAGUCCUGUUAUGAUAGCUGAAGGACAGAGGGGGUGGGGCACUAAUUUGUGGUACCAGUCCAGGGCACAAGUUGAGCCAGCUACUCUUCUGAGAAUACAUACAGGCCUUAGGAUGAUUUGCUUUCCCACAUUAAGUGUCCAUGUGUAUUUAUUACUAAAAUUUACAGAUUUUCCAUAUUACGUAUGUCUUACAUCUUUCACAGGGCAUACAGUGUCCAAGACAUUUUUACCAUUGGCCUGUAAUUCCUGUACUCUACACUAUAAUGUUAUUAAAGUAACCCUGUGUAGCUGUGCUUUCCCAUCCCAGCUGUUUACCAGUACUGGAUAAAGAUUACAGGUAUGCAUUGCUUAACAUCCUUCCACACAAUGUCCGACUACAUAUACGUCCAAGGCCAACCACAUAUGCAUCCCGGGGCAAGUGCAAUCCCAGAUCAAGUAUAUCAUGGCCCCAAAAUGUACCAAAACUAGUCCGAGCAAAGCCAACAGGCAAAGGAGGAUUAUUGACUUAGAAACAAAACUAAAGGUGAUUAAAUAACAUGAAGGUGGAAAAGAAGUGAAUCUUAUUGCUCGUGAGUUAGGCAUGCCUCAACUGACAGUCGCAACUAUCCUGAAAACCAAAGAAAAAGUGACCCAAGCUGUGAAAGGAUCUGCUCUAUUGAAAGUGAUAAGAUAACUAAAAUGUGAGAAUGGCCUGUAUCUGAUAUGGAGAAAUUGUUAAUGACGUGGAUUGAGAAUCAGACCCAGAAACCUAUCCCCCUCACCACCAUGAUGAUCAUAGCUAAGGCAUGGAGCUUGUUCCAGAUGCUUAAAGGAAAAGCAGGACCAGACUGUGAUGUUGAGUUUAGUGCUAGCUCUGGAUGGCUUAAGUGCUUCAAACAGCAGUUUUCACUACACAAUGUGAAAGUGAGUGGUGAGUCUGUGAGUGCUGAUGUGAGGGCUGCAGAAGAAUUUAUGGAAGUUCUGGAUAAGCUUAUUGUAGAUGGUGGAUAUUUGCCCCAGCAGAUCUUCAAUAUGGAUGAAACCUCCCUAUUCUGGAAACAUAUGCCUGAAAGGACAUUCGUCCAUAAGGAAGCCAUGGCAUUGCAGGGUUUUAAGGCUUUUAAGGACAGGGUAACAAUUUUGUCAAGAUGCAAUGCUGCAGGCUAGAAAUUGAAACCAUUUGUGAGCUGGUACAGUGAAAACCCCAGGGCUUUCCAGAACAUCAAUAAGCACACUUUACUUGUGUACUAUAGGAGAAAUAAGAAGUCAUGGGUAACCCAACAACUCUUUCAUGAUGUCCUUUUGAAUUGUUAUGCCACUGAAAUGAGGAAGUACCCUCAUGAAGAAGGUAUACCUUUCAAAAUUUUAACAAUUAACAAUGCUCCAGGACAUCCUCCUUUUAUUGGUGACCUUCAUUCCAAUAUCAAAAUGGUGUUCCUCCCACCAAACAUAAGCUGUUUAAUCCAGCCAAUGGAUCAAAGGGUUAUUGCUGCUUUUAAGGCUUACUACCUGAGGAGAACCUUUGCUCAGGAUAUUGAUGCAGUUAACAAAGGUACUAGCAAGACACUGAUGCAGUUCUUGAAGGAAUGCAACAUCUACCACUGCAUAUUGAACCUUGCUUGGGCAUGGGAUGAUGUCACCAAAGAAUGCAUGAAUGGUAUCUGGAAGAAGACUUUGAAGAGAUUCACCCACGACUUUGACGUAUUUGCUUGAGAUGAGGAGGUUGCAAGGAUAAACAAAACUGUUGAGAUGGCAAACAGCCUUGACCUGGAGGUGGAUGAUGAAGGCAUAAAAGAACUUUUAGAAGCGUUUCCUGAAGAAUUAACAAAUGAGGACUUGCUGGAGCUGGAACAGGAGCAGUUAGCUGAAGAGGAGGCAUGGGAAAAGGAAUCAGUAGAGGAAGAAGAUGAAGAACAGGUAUAGAAAAGAUUCACUGUGACAGGACGAGACAAAAUGUUUGCAGACUUAUACAAUUUGCUUAAGAGUGUAGAAAACAUGGACCCGGACAUUGGAUGCUUUUCACUGCUAGAAAGAAAUGCUCAUGCUGUAUGUGCUGCAUAUAAAGAAAUCUGUGAAGAAAAAAGAAACAAAGUAAACAACCACAUUAGACAAAUUCCUGAAGAAGCAAACACCUACCCACGAAGAGUCUCAACCAGGUCCUUCAGGUGUUGCAGAAGGUGAAAUUGACAUUUUGGUGAUGAUGUGUCAACGCAGAUAGUUGAGCAUGAGACUAUUCCAGCGGGAGAAAACGUGGAAGUGAUGGGCAGCGAUGACAAUGUGGAUGACCCUGAUCCUGUGUAAUGUGUGUUUGGUAUAAGAAAGUUUAAAGAGUGGGUGAUGUAAGAAAAUGUAAAGUUUAAAAUGUGUGAUACUGUAUAAGAAUACGAACGUUUAAAGGAAAAAUUAAAAAACUUAAAAACUGCAAAUAAACUCUUUACAAGCAAAGGUUCAUUUAAUUUACUGUAGUGUACAGUAUGUUCAUUAUCAUGUGCAUAUACUCACCCAACACUACAUUAUCCUGCAAGCUCCAUUUGUAGUAAGUACUGUAUGCCUGUACUAUGUGUGCUCAGUAUUGUGUAUUACUGUAUGUAUACUGUGUAUGUGAUGCACAUUACUUAACCCUUUUAUUACAUAGCCAUAUACAAUACAAUAAUACAGUACUGUAUUAGUUAAAAUAUGGUAAAGAAUAUUGGCUAUUUAGUCAGUAGAAGUAGUACAGUACAGUGCAAUAGGGUUGUGCAGUAUAGUAUACUUACAAUGUUCACACAAUGUAUGUCCUAGUCACCUAACAUCCUAUUGCACAGAACCUAUCCCAGAUGUUAAGUGAUGCACACCUGUAUUCAUUCCAAUAUUGAGCUUAAAUGGUUUCAGAUAAUGUCAUGCACUGUGCACUAGGAUCUAUGACUUGAGGAGUGUAUUAUUAGAUUAAAUAACAUAUAACCAAGUUAUAAUUAUUCUUAUGUAUAAGGCAGGUAUGAAUGUCUUUUCGAAGUAAAGUUAGUGUGCUAGCAACAGGUCAUGAUGUUUGCACACACUUAUAAAUUCUUAGAAGUGAUUUACCAUUUUCAGUAUCAGUCAUGUAUCACCCUUCAGACAGGCUUAUGGUAUAGACAGGUAGACUGUAUGCCAUCAUUUGUAACAUGAGACAGGAUUUAAAAGGCAUGGGUCUCAACUGCAAUCUGUGUGCGCAUUUUUCACUUUUUCUAGACAGUGAAGAUUUCAGAGGGUGAGAGCUGAGGACUGCAGUCAUCACUCUGCAGGGGGUAGAGGGCACACUUCCAUAUACCCACAAUAUUCAGCUAAAGUGUGGAGCACUUUUUAGUGAAUAUUAAUCCCUUUAGUUCCUGGGUGCAUGGAGUAGACUUUCUUAACCCCCCCCAGGGGUGCACCUGUGCUGGUUUUCAACCAGCAUUUUCAUCCUGGGAUGGGCAACAGUGCCAAUCACUUAUUACUAUCCUUCCCUGGCCACUAAUUGAAUGUAGAUUCCCUACCAUGGUUGGCAAGGCCCCAUCCUUUUGUAUUACAAAGAUUUGAAUGAGACCUACUAAUGCAAAUAUAUUGUACGUGAGAACAUGAUUGAAGAUAUUAUCAUUGGUAGUAAGGGAGAGUAGUAUAGAAAUGAAAGAAAAAGUACCCUAAUUACCCUUAUGAGAGAGGGCCAUACUUUAAGUGCAGGCACACAAACAAGCUAGAGCUAAUAUGAGUUUCUGUAUCCAUAAUUACUAGUUAUUAAAGUGCGUAGUGUUGAGAAAGGGCUACUGAAGUUUGAGUAUUCAGGUGGACCUAUGUAGAACAAAAGACAAAAGAGGAAAGUAAACUGCUUUAAACUGCAGCUUAAUGGUAAUGCACGCUAGAGAGAGUAUAAAGUGACAUAGAUCAGUUAGUACAUGAAACAGGUUAGUGUUUCUUUAAGGUAGCUAAAGCUUACAGUGAGUCAUGUGCUCCUGCGGCCUUAGUCAAUCUUUAGUAAAGCUUCUUUAUGAAGGCAACUCUUGUCUCAUUUGCCGCAUUUGUUCAUCAUGCAUUCUGUAUUCCUAAUAUCAAUAUACAUACAUAACAUAAUGUGAUCUGAAAGGCAUUAAAGACGGUAAUAAGUGACAUGAUGUCAGAGCUGAACUUGUCUUAAUGGCAGAGGCUGCUUUUGACCAUGCACUGCAUUUUUUCUGACCUGCUGCUGUUUCCAAAAAUCCAUGUGCGUUCUAAUUAUGCCUCUGUUGCGUUGCUACCAUGGGUAGUAAUAUGUCACAAUCGGUAAAACUGAGCAAUUAAAAUUAAGUGAAAAAUGAUAUUAUUCAUUUUCUUUCUUCCGUCCUUUCCUUCAUUCUUCCUUUCUUCCGUUCUUUCUUAAAUCGUUUCCUACAUUGUAAUGUUUUAAAUGCAGAAAGUCUAUCUUCCAUUGGAAUUUGUGAAACUCUGAAUAAAAAAAAAAUGCAGAAUUAAAGGAAUAUGUAGAGCCUUCAUAGCAGGAGGCAUUCUAAUUCACAUAAAAUGGUAUAGGGAACAGUCUGGAAGCUUCUGACAUAACUUUUUACUGAAAUGUUGGCAUUCGUAAUGUGGAGUGCUGACAUACUGAAAAAGAAGGGUGAAAACUCAGAAGAAAAGCAAAUCUUGAAGAUUUCCUAAAGGUCUCCUUUAAACUUCUUUUUUGCAGUGGGGCAAGCACCCCAGACUUCUCCCCCCAAACACGUAUAUACCAGCUCUGAGAUUGCCAUACCUUUGAGAAGAGGGAAUAUUCAGGGAAAUGGCCAUCUUAGAUCUGGUAUGUGCAAGUCCAUUUUACAGACAUUCAGUCUCUGUGUUUCAGGACUUGCUCUAGCGGGUCCUGACAUUUCAUAUGGUUACUUUCUGACAUAGCUGGUGGUAUAUUUGUUAAAUCUGUAUUGCAGAUUACACCAUAAUUGCAGCAUACAUAUAAAAUCAGCUGGUAGAUGAGCAAACCAUAUAACUGAGGCAUACUGCAGUCCUGGAUAUUAAAACUUGUGGAGUAAGAUGACUCAAAGCUUUAGCAUAGCUGCACGGUAUUCUGUGCAACCUGCUUAGUAUUUGGUGACACCUAAAGAAGCAUUUGACCAGAAACAAUAAAAAGAUAAACCUGUUUCUGUCUUGUAAAUCUUGCAACUCCAGAGUCACUCACAAUAACUAAUCUGCAAAUAAAAAGGCUAAAUGUCAUUAAGAAGACUGAUUUUAACAGAAUGAAAUAUUACGGUCUUGUGUUAAAAAAUCGAGGUUUCUUAUACAACUGAUUUGUACUGCAAAGAACAUUUGCCUCUUAGAAUUUCUACUUUAUGAAGUAUAAGGCUGUAUAUCUCCCAAAAAAGCAUCAUGUGUCUGUUAGUGGUGAAUACCCAAACUUUCUAAUAGGCAAAUGACAUGGCCAUUUUCUGCCUAGCCUAACCAUGUUAAACAUAUGUGUGCUUAUAGUAUGGCCGUACUUGUCUACAGAAUAAAUAAUUGAUCCUGAGCUAUCAUUUGCUGUGGAUCUGGUCACAUUUUAUAUGUGAGCUUACCCCUAGUAGUUAACAAUAAGUUAUUUUUAAUCAUCUGUAUAGACUAAACAAGUGACAUUAAGUAGCAGACAAGUGCUGCUAUAACAAAAUGCAUUUUAGUGAUAUCAUGGCUAUUCUGGGAUGCCAGCUUCAUUAGUACACUUCAACACUGCACCCAGUGCUUAUAGCAAUUAGGAGCACUGCUUAGUUUAUAUUAGUACACUCCAACACUGCACCCACUGUUUAUAGCAAUUAGGAGAGCUACUUAGUUUACAUUAGUACACUCCAACAUUGCACCCAGUGCUUAUAGCAAUUAGGAGCACUGCUUAGUUUAUAUUAGUACACUCCAACAUUGCACCCACUGCUUACAGCAAUUAGGAGCACUGCUUAGUUUAUAUUAGUACACUCCAACAUUGCACCCAGUGCUUAUAGCAAUUAGGAGCACUGCUUAGUUUAUAUUAGUACACUCCAACAUUGCACCCAGUGCUUAUAGCAAUUAGGAGCACUGCUUAGUUUAUAUUAGUACACUCCAACAUUGCACCCAGUCCUUAUAGCAAUUAGGAGCACUGCUUAGUUUAUAUUAGUACACUCCAACAUUGCACCCAGUCCUUAUAGCAAUUAGGAGCACUGCUUAGUUUAUAUUAGUACACUCCAACAUUGCACCCAGUGCUUAUAGCAAUUAGGAGCGGUACUUAGCUUAUAUUAGUACACUCCAACAUUGCACCCACUGCUUAUAGCAAUUAGGAACGGUACUUAGCUUAUAUUAGUACACUCCAACAUUGUACCCAGUGCUUAUAGCAAUUAGGACCACUACUUAGUUUAUAUUAGCACACUCCAACAUUGCACCCAGUCCUUAUAGCAAUUAGGAGCACUGCUUAGUUUAUAUUAGUACACUCCAACAUUGCACCCAGUCCUUAUAGCAAUUAGGAGCACUGCUUAGCUUAUAUUAGUACACUCCAACAUUGCAUCCAGUGCUUAUAGCAAUUAGGAGCAGUACUUAGCUUAUAUUAGUACACUCCAACAUUGCACCCACUGCUUAUAGCAAUUAGGAGUGGUACUUAGCUUAUAUUAGUACACUCCAACAUUGCACCCACUGCUUAUAGCAAUUAGGAAUGGUACUUAGCUUAUAUUAGUACACUCCAACAUUGUACCCAGUGCUUAUAGCAAUUAGGACCACUACUUAGUUUAUUCUUGCAGAUAACAAAAAAGAAAGUCAACAAAAUAGGAAACUAUGUCACAGUUCAAACAGGAUCAUAUAUUUCAGAGCUGUGAGGAUGACCUGAUGCACAUCAUGGACCUCACACUUUUGUCUAAGAACAACUCCAAACACACUACAAUGCUUACAUGAGUGUAUAACAUCCAGCCAGUCUUCAUUGGUAGUCAGAUUCUCACAUUUGUCAUUUAUCGAAGUAGACAGGUAAUGUGCUGUGCCCUGGGAAGUUUAUAUCUUCUUACAGAUCGUCUGUAAGUUGGUUUGGGGUGAUAGCAGUUAGAGUUUUCUCUUUCUUCAACGUGUCUUGAAAAUAUGGCCUCAAAUAAAAUUCACCAGACCUUUGAAAUUUUGUACACCACAGUAUACACUUUUCAAAAUUAUUUGUUUACUUUGUGCAUUGAAACAUGCUAAGUUUAAAUAAAAAGCAAAAUAUCUUGUCAAGUAGCUUUUUUUUUUCAAAAAGCCAUUUCAGUUAUUUAUUUAUUUUUUUGUUAAAGCUCUUCUUUAAGGAGGUUUUUCAUUAAUGAAAAUGUAUAAUACAUAUAACACACCACGAGUCACUGGUCUGUAGAAAGAAAAACUUGAACACGAGUAUUAGAUGAGUGCUUUUGUUCCCUUUAUUGUUUACAACGGAACAUCUUCAGAUAAAUUGGUGUAUUUCACUCCACCAAUUUAUACUAACACAAGCCAGUCACACACCUUUAUUAAUCAAUUGAUUAAUCAAAAUCCUUAAAGCUAUAAAAACAAAUCUCAUAAAUAUUAAUGAAAAGGUAUUACUGUCCAGAAAGAUGCACUAUCUGGAGUGGGGAAAGGAUGCUCUUACAGAGAGAAAGGAUACUACAUUCUGGAAGUUUGUGUUCAGUUCCAAAAAUCCUGUCUCCACCCUUGUGCUUAGGAAUAUAUACGUAUAUGUUAUUAGUUAUGCCUUAUUUUCUUCCUUUUGUAGUUAUGCUUCAACUGUUGCCUUUUACUUUUUAUAAUACCACUAUGACCAGUUUAGUAGAGCAUGGAGGAUUUAAUAGAAGGGGCAUGCUUGUAGAAGUCUUGAAACUGUGUAAUAAAGGAGCAGAUGGAGAAACAGUGAAGGUGUAGGAAAGAAAAUGCAGCCAUUGUUUAAGUGAGAAAAAUAAGGGGAUAGGGGUGUAGUCUGAAAAUGAGGGGAGGAGAAGCUGCAGUAUUUUCACUGAUUUGUUUUCAGUAUUGCAAAGUUACUUUUAUGUGGGAAGUUAUUUUGCCCUCCGGUGAUCUUGGACUGAGUUUUCUCAAUUACCAAAAAAGAGAAAAUGAGUCUGUAAAUUAGCAGAAAGCCAAAAUAAAUUAAGCCAAUGUUUGUAUUUUCUAACCUACACAACAGUUUUCCAGUUUCUUUUAGUUUUUUCUUGAGAUUUGAAAUUUCUGUACAAGUAGCAAUGGUUUGCAAGCAAUUCAUACAGCAAGGAUAGUCAGCUAAACAUCUCAAGUGCAAACAUUCUUACAUUUCAAAAUUCUUUGUUUUCAGAUGUGUUGGCAAAGACUGGACCAUCUACAAACUAUGUGUAGUAGUAACCAGGGGCUGUAAUAAAUUCAGAUUUUUAUUUUUUUCCUAGCAGCUAAAUGGAAAUGCAUUGUAAAUGAAUGUUAUUCCCAGAUGAGUAACCCAAGGAAUGUUUGUCAUGCAUGCUGCUCAGGAUCUGAUGGUUAUUAAGUUAACAGAGGCAGUGUCUUAAUGUGGGCUUGUGUUUGUGAAAGAAAUUAUUUGUUUAAAUGAAAUGCAAGAUGCUGUUCGUUGAAGAAUUCAUUGAGAGAUAAUGCAAUGGGAAGGAUAGGAUUUGUUUAUUUCUGAAACCUGUUCAUGAUGUAUAGUUUAUGGUCCAUUUCCACCUGUCUUAAAGAACUUCAUUACAGUAGACUCAUAAAAUCAUUUUAGAGCUAGAAUAAAAAAUGUGCAACACUUAAGCGCUGCCUAAAAACAGUUUGUUAUAAUACUUUCUUUUCAAAGAGUCUGCACGUAGUAUGCACUUUAGUACUUGAAUAAAUGGAACUUUUUUGGCUGUUA